AUGCGAACUGGGCAGGUCCAGGUACGAAUACCACACAAUAUCGCAGUACUAUGUACAGGAGGGUUGGGGAUCACAUUUGUAGUUGGAGGGUACGUGAAUGGGACUGAGUUUGGAGGUAGCACGGCCACAGCGGACAAAAGAAGCAGUACUGCUCAACUCCUUCACUUUACUCGCAACCGACUCGCACCAUCAACAAUUCGUGCUUUUCUGUGCCUCGGAGCCUGGGGCAGAAGUGCUCUUCUGGCGAUGGAGGACCUUCUAGCCUCUGUAAGGAGUUGA